CGUUAGUAGAAUGCGGUGCAAGUCUGACGCAUUGAUCAUUGUGCCAUUUAUCAUUGUUGCGAUCAUUCCAGGACAGACCUGCCUCAAGAUUUAUGCUACAUUUUACAUUUAAAUUCGAGUCAUUUAGCAGAUGCUCUUAUCCAGAGUGAUUUACAGAAGUGAGUGCAUACAAUUUCGCACUUUUUAAAAAAUAUUUAUUUUUCUUUAUUCUCAAAGCAUUCAAAAAAAUAGGCCUAUGUUUUACUGAAACGCCACGUUUGGGUAACCGGAAUAAAGCAACAAUAUCUUCAACUAUUUAUCUUGACGUUUGUUUACAGUGAGUCAUUCAAAUGGACAAUAAACAUUCACAAGCGAAGGCAGAGACGGCACAGGAGACCCGUCCGCCCGCUAAAGACUCACCUUUCUCUAUCAAGAACCUGCUCAACUUCGACAGUAAACCUUCCAACCCGAAGACGCUGCUUGCCACCACCAAAGGACUAUUGGAAGGAGGUUUCUCUCUCUCCCGGAUCGGUGAUUUAACUUUUCCUAGUUUUGACAUCCCAGCCCAGAGAUUUGGAUUACCGGCGCACUAUUUGGAACGACCGUCGGCGUGGUGGUAUCCCUACGCGCUUGGCACAUCGGGACACCAUCUCUACAGGACCGGAGGGUUUGAGAAGGCCAUCGUGAGAGACACACCAUCAACAGGCGGAGACCGAGACACACCGGAGCUGCUGCGAAAAUCACCCGACCAAGACGACCAAGAGGACGACAAAAACAACGACAAAAACAUAAGUACUGAUGAUGUCGUUCUGGAGGAGAGCGAUGGGGAUGAACCAAAGAAGGAAGUAGAGUUGGUGGAUGACUGGAGGAAAAUUAAAGACGAGAACUCGGAUAAAAAAACGUGUCGGAAAAAGAAAACGCGGACAGUCUUUUCAAGGAGUCAGGUAUUUCGGUUGGAGUCAACGUUCGAUAUGAAACGGUACCUCAGUAGCUCGGAACGGGCAGGCCUGGCGGCAUCCCUACACCUCACAGAGACCCAGGUGAAAAUCUGGUUCCAGAACAGAAGGAACAAGUGGAAACGACAGUUGGCCGCGGAACUCGAAGCGGCCAAUCUGAGCCACGCCGCGGCCCAGAGGAUAGUCCGCGUUCCCAUAUUGUACCACGAGAACACCGGCUCAGAAACGGGCAGCGCUGGGAACGUGUCAGUCAGUCAGUCCCUACUAACAUUCCCUCAUCAAAUGUACUAUUCACAUCCACUAGUCACAUCCGUGCCGCUGCUGAGACCAGUUUGAGAGACUCGUUUAUUGUGUUGAUAUUUCUGUAUUGUAAUUUCUGUAUUACAAACAUUAUUAGGCCUAUUUUUAUUUAUUUUUAAUCUAUGAUAAUAGUUGGUGUUGGUUAAAAGGCUUUGUAUAUUGUACAGGUCUAUUAUGACAAAUGUUGUAUUUAUUAUAAUUAUUAUAAUUAUUAUUUGUAUUCCCGUGUCCAAAACUGAAAUAUUCCCUCCUAAUCAAAUAAUUUCAUAUUCAAUUGUUGUGCGUCCAAAGUACUCUGAACAUUUGGCAUUGAUAUUGCUUUAAUUUAACUGAUGGGUUUUAUAUGUUUUUAAACAGGGUGGAAACGUAUAGGUCUGUGUCUCCCAUGUAGCCUACGACAUUUUACAAUGAAUUACAUCGAUGUUUUGUGUGAGAUUAAAACAAAUCCUAAGUAAAGUUAAUAUUUCAUCAAGUAUAGCCGUUUAUGUGUAAUAGUUAUAUAGUUCUACUGUUGGCUUCACGUACACGGUAUAAUGGCUCACAGCUGAAAAAUAACUACUACUUUGACCUAUAUCGUUUUAUAGCGCAAGACAGAGAGGACAAAUCAUAUGUUCUUUAAGUAUGGAAAAUCAUAGGCUAUACGUCUCACAAUGUUAUCGCAGAUUUUUACUUGCUGUCAACGCGAAAUGUAAUUUUUUUUUAAAAUAAUCCGUGAUAAGAGUUUCACCAAAUGGCCAAAACAUGAAGAUUUUUUUUUUUUACAUUGCUGAAUAAAUCGGGAAAUACGUUCCCGACUACACCGAGUGUAUUUAGAAACAUACAUGUUUUCAUCUAUACCUUUAAUAAAACGUGGGACGUUGAAUGUAUGUUUCGUAUCAAACACAGUAUGUCCAGUCCUUGCAUUAGAUUACAUUUUAGAGUUAAACAUGGCGCUCCUUUGGGGAAACAUUUUAUGUGUCAUUCAUUUUAAGGGAUUUGGAAUUCAUCAAGACAAUUUGAAGGCUUUAACUUACAGACAACAAAAUCAUAGCACGCAUUUAAUGAAUAAAAUAAUAUCAUAUAAUAGAUUUUUAGCUAAUUAUAUUUCUCUAUUGUCAGUGGAUGACUCGUCCCAGAGAUAUCCUACUGGGCACGUACGUCUAUUCCUCGUUGGUUCAACGUAAUUUCGUUGAAAUGGCGUGGAAACAACGUUGAUUCAGCCAGUGUGCUCAGUGGGAUAUGACUCUGGACCAAACAAUAAAUGAUUUCAACAUUACUGAUAUCAAAACACAUAUUUCAAUCAUUUCUUGAAUUUGGCCCAUAGGCUAUAUAUAGAUAAGACUAAAGAUGAAGAGAUGUCUUCACAAAAUAAAUUAUAUUUAAUUUAUUGUGGUAUUUUCAAGAACAGAAUGGUAAAAUCGCCAAAGGCCAAUUUUCAGACAGAAACUAGGCGCCUUUCCGAAUCCGUCUGAGAGGAUUAAGGCUUGGAUUCACAUCUCUGUAAGGAAUAAGUACAACGAAAUCAGCUCACUAAUUUGUAACAAACAAUAAUUAAUCUCCAAUUAGUGGCUAUAAUACAGCACGGAAUAGUGGAAAUUCAAAAUAGAGCUAUAUGUCUACAACAUUUGAUCUUGAAGGGCAUUUUAAUUUGUAAUAUUCAAAUAUUGACUGUGGAACUUUGGGUAAACGUCAGGUGUGCAUAGCAUUCAUUUGUUGCAGACUGAGUUGGGUUGGGGAGCGCUUUGGUGCGUGUGUCUCUCUCCAGCACGGUUUAAAAUGACCGGGUCUCUUCCCAGCUUGUGAUUGGUCCAUGAGAAUCCUACCUACGCGCAAACAAAGUAACUGAACGUUGUAUGGGAGUGAUGGUACUCGGGGAAUUCAGACAUAACUUUGCAGAAGGAGAACAAACCCGCUUCUGAAAAAAUAUCCAACGGGUUCCACAUUUAUUGCCUGAAUGUUAAAGGUUCUAAAUGUUUAUCAGAAUGAAGAAAUCUGAAGACAGUGGCAGUAAAGUAUCAUUUACCUCAGUUUCCAAUUUUACUAUUCAGUCAAUUCUUGGAACUGUGUCCGAGGACGCGCACAAGGACAGUUGCGAUUCUAGUUCCGACGCGGGGCUGCUGCAGAGACAACGCAUGCGCUCCGUGUCUUCAGAAGGAUUCAGCGGCGGGGAGGAUUCUACAGACUUCUACCCUUUACCCGGAGGAAAGAAACCACGCAAUGACCUCAACGAUCUCACACUUUCUUGUCUAAGUGACAAAAACAGACUAAUUCUGGGGCAAGAGAUGGUGAAGAGACAUCAACUUUUUCAUGAUUAUAAAGAAGGUGACCAGAGAUACUACAACCGAACAUCAGCUGCUAUUUCAGAAGAAAAGGGUCAUAUUGACGACGACGUAACAUCCAACUCGUCCAGAAAGAAGUCUCGGACCGUAUUCUCGCGGAGUCAGGUUUACCAACUGGAAUCGACGUUUGACCUGAAACGUUACCUUAGCAGUACAGAACGAGCUAGUCUCGCCUCCAGUCUCCAGUUGACAGAGAUACAGGUGAAAACUUGGUUCCAGAAUCGGAGGAACAAGUGGAAACGUCUGCUCUCUGCGGAGAUAGAAGCGGCGAACAUGGCUCACGCGUCAACCGCAAAAACUCUGGUUGGGAUGCCGUUCUUCUUCAAAGAGAAUUUCCGGCUACGGAUUCCUGUCCCUGGAUCGAUGACUUUCCCUACACCUCUAUGUUAUCCCGGGAGCAACAUG